UCCAGCCUCCCAAUUGUUUUUCUGUCAUUCACUCCUUUUUGCUUAUACCCCCUUCUUGUGAGUACAUCCCACCCUGUAGAUGUGCUCCUUGCUUGAUAAACCAGGUCCGCAGUCCGAUUUAGGGGCUCGUGUUCUGGAACAGUUAAGGAAACCAUGCUCUGUUGUAUUUAGCUGGUUUCGCUACUAGCACUCCUUUUUUGUCCUGAGUUGAUCGUGUUUGAAGCGGAUUUCCGAUCUAAACUUGUAUAAAUUUAAAAAAAAACCUUUUUUCAACAAAAAAAAAAACAACAAAAACUUACAAAGAAAAGAGUUGAAAUUCUUCGACUCUUCUCGACUUUUGCUCAAUUUUCACUCAACUUCUAGAAUAAUUAUUCUAGAAGAAGUACGCUUUCCAACUUUCCUUCUCUUUUUUCUCAUCCCAAUCCCUUCCCAAAUCCCUGCACCUGUAAUGUUAUGCAUGCUCCCCUUUGUCCCCCAACAUGGAUCGAACGAUGGAUGGAUUCUCUGGAACUGUUACUGGAACAGUCUCUCGUGCUUCGGACAAUCAAUGGACACUGCUACAUCCCUCUCUCUUUCCCCCUCCCCGUCUUUGUUGGAAAGUUAUUACGAAACUUCUGAAAUCAGAAGUUUCUCAAUCAUUUUCUCAUUUAGUAUCAAACUUCUAAAAACAGAAGUUUAAAUAUAACACCGCUAAGACAACUGUCUGAAACGGGAGAUCGGAAUUGAGGCUUAAACAGAUCAUACACCGUACUCAGAGGUAGCGAAUAAAGGCUAAUGACCAACAUCAUGCUAGUACUUCUGUUCCUAACGAACAAUGAGAACCGAUGUUGGGCCCAUACUGCGAUACGAUCGGGCGGUUCUUGCUCUAUGGAAUACUUGGGUGAUGAUGUGCAGUUCUUACGGUGUAGAGCAUCACAUGAAGAAGCAACUCCUAUUCUAACCUAUCGCCACCACCUGCAUAAUCACCAAGCAACAGCAAGGAGCAGCAAAAGGACGACCGAGAACAACAGAAGAAGAAGGAACGAACGACGACGGAAAUAAGACAUGGACAAAAGGUGGCGAUAGUAUGGAGUUGAAUUGGAACGAGAUCUCACUCAAAAGAUCUCGAGCGACGAUGGAUCGGAUGGAACGAUGGAUUCGAAUG